CUCUGUGCCAAUUAAUUAAAGCGUGUCAGAGGCCGUUCGUUUCAUUGUUUUAAAUCAACCGCCGUGGCGCCUUCUCCCGUCUCCAGUUACAACUAUAAAGCUUAAUCCGAAGCUCCCAUUUCCCCCUAACUUUCUGCCAUUUUCGCAGACCUUAGUUUCUCUCUUCCUCUCUCUCUCUGAAGCUGUGGGAAUCGCAACUGUGAAUUUUCAUACGAUGGAGGCCGAGGAAGGUCCGGCGCACCUCUCGCUGUCGCCGACUUUUAGCAGCUAUUCUUCAGGUAGUUGUAGCCUUGCUGAAAUUGCGGCCAGAGUUGUUCGGGAAGUUGGAGAAGAACCAUUUGCAGAUGCUGAUAAUUAUGGCUGGGAGGCUGAAGGUUCGGUUUACCGAUUCCGAGAAAAUUUGUCCAGCGGCCGUGCGAGGGAAUCAGCGGAAGGAGUUAGAAGUAAUGACGGUGGUAAAAAUGGCGAUGAAGAUGAAUUCGAGUUUGCUGUCCUCAGAGAACCAGACGUGUCUACGAGCUCUGCUCAUGAAAUUUUUUACAAUGGCCAGAUCAAGCCGGUUUAUCCGCUAUUCAACAUGGACUUACUGCUAGACAACGGUUCUCGAGUAGACAGCGGAUUAGAGAAUGUGAAGAAGAAGCCGGCUGUGCGUCGUUUGCCGUUGAGGAAAUUGAUGAACGAGGAGCGUAAAACGACGCCGUUCUCCUCAUCUGGAGCGGACGAUCUAGGAGGCGUUCCAUCGGAAACAUAUUGCAUUUGGUCUCCAAGCACUGAGAAAACAUCGCCUGGAAGGAGUAAUAAAAGAAAUUCUACAGGAUCGUCAAACAGGUGGAAAUUUAGGGAUCUUCUGUACAACAGUCGAAGUAGAAGUGAAGGAGAGGAUGAACUCAUGAAGAGGAAGACUAUUAAGAAGGACGAUAAACUUGGAAAUGUAUCGAAAGGAAAGGAAGAUUGUAGAUCUGGCUUAGGCGUAAGCGUAACAUCGUCUACUAAUUCCAAUUCUGGUUUCUUCACAUCCUUCACUGCACAGAACGCUCCGUAUGGGAGGAACAGAACGGUGAAAGAAGCGGAAAAAAGAAGAACCUACUUGCCAUACAGACAACAUCUGGUGGGAUGUGUGGCUGAUGCGAAAGCAACGAUCUAGAAUUUGCAUCCAAUUUCUGAAUAUUUCUUUGUGGUUGAAUUGCUGGAGCGCAUAACUUUGAUUAAAAAAAAACUGGAAAUAGUAUAGUUUCCAAUCAGGUUUAAAUUAGUUGGUAUUUAAUCUAAAUGCUCAUUAUCCGGGGUGAAUAAAGCUCUUCCAUCUUCCAAUUCAGGAAGAAGAAUAAGGGUUAGGAUAUCACAUACUCAUUGAAGACCAAUUCUUCGCGUUCCUCUCCAAUUCGCGUCGUCUUCUCCCAAUCCCAUGAACACCGCAAUUGGACACCACCACGCGGUCUUCCCCGUUAUUCUC